AUGGUAGCGGAUGUCAUUGACGUGGGGAAAAAUGACAGUGAAGACUGGUACAUGCUGCUGGUUGACUUUCAAAAAUCCUUUGACUCAGUGUCUCGUGACUUCCUGUUUGAAGUGCUUCGGAAGAUGGGUUUCCCAGAGUGCUUCGUCAUGUGGAUUGAGGGGCUGCAUGAGAACACCACGACGAAGCUGUUAAUAAAUGGGUGGCUCGGUGAAGGCGUGAACGUGGUUUCGGGGGUCCGGCAAGGCUGCCCGCUGGCUCCUUACCUGUUCCUGUGUGCGGUGGGGCCGUUAGCUCAAGAGGUGGAGAGGGAGAGCCUCGGUCUCACCAUGGAGGCCUUCUGCCUUGCCCGACCAGCCCUUGUGGUGGCUCCCCGCACUAUCCGCGCACUCCCAGUGCGGUCAGCGCGGUCGCAGGCGAGAGUGGUCUGCGCCAUCAAGUUUCCGGGUUUCGGCUUCACUGCCAAGAAUGAGAGCGAAGACAACGAGUCUUACGCCGGAGCCGACUCCGCCACGACUGUGUUCCCCGCGGAGGCGUGCGACGAGCUCGGAGGCGAGUUCUGCAAUGCCGAGGGCGUGUUCGCUGAGGUGAAGCUGGAGUCGAAACCCGAGCCCGUGGUCAAGCAGGUCGAAGGGAGGGAUGUCGGCGUGGUCGACUACGACGGCCCUAAGACCGUUUUCCCCGGCGAGGCAUGCGACGAGCUAGGAGGAGAGUUUUGCGAGCCUGAUUACCAGGAGGGCGUUGGUCCCGAGAAGAAGCUCUGA